ACAUCGUGGUAACGGGUCGAAGUGUUCAUAAUGGGUGAUAAGGUUAAAAAGUUUAAAAUGAGUGAAACAAAUUCGCACAAGCGAAAAAAGCCUAAUGAAGAGUUUCAAGAACAAAUGGAAAUAUUACACACAAAGAUAAGGAAAAUGCAAAGCGAACAACAGAAAGCUACAGAUGCUGACAAUUCAGGACAAUCGGCCGGCCGAGCUCACGUUAAAGCGGAGACAUGUGCCGAGCAAAUAAAUUCGAAUACCAUGUGUAAUUUGGUACACUAUAUCUGCAUCGUUGUUUUGAAUUUCUGAAUAAACAAGAAACCCAGCCGAGCUAUCGUUUAAGUGCAGCCAUGAGCUGAGAAUUUGAUCUUCAAAAAAAAUGGAGAAAGUUCAUAGAAAGCAAAAAAUAGAAUUGAGACAAAUAAUUUUUCUUAAUAUAGUCAUUUAAAUGAAUAAAUAUUAUAGUAUAAUUCCGUCUCGUUUCCAUUAGAUUCUUCAGACGAAUCAACUAAUAAUAAGGAGAAUAUGGAAACCGAGACGGAGCCGAUACAAAAUAAACAAACUAAUUCAUCGAGUGACGAGGCUUCACAAUAUGAUGAGUCAACCGCUUUUCUGGGAAACCAUCCCGAUAAAGAUAAAAUUGAAGAAGCAGAUUUCAUAGAGGAGGUUGCUGAUAGAAUAAAAGUUUGGCUCAAAGAAGGAAUCUCUAGGGACGAAAUAUCUCAGAUUAUAAAAUUAGUUCCAAGAAAGUACAAAGAUUGUUACAUGGACGCACCAAAGCUAAACGCCGAAAUCCAAACCAAUUUAAGAGAGGUUGCCAUCAAAAGGGAUAGAUAUUUUUUCAAUUAUCAACACAUGAUUGGUUCCAGCUUGUCUUUAACAGCAACAGCAUUGAGUAUGAUUUUAAAUGACAAAAUAGAACCUAUCAACAGAGAUGUACUCCUUCAACACUUGUCUGAUGCGGUCAAGAUAAAUGCAGAUCUUUUUCAUUCUUGGAAAAUAGCUAGAAAAGUAUACAUUACUCCUGCCUUUGAUAAAAAAAGUCAAAGUCGUUUUGGAUAAAGUUGAACCUACAGAAUUUUUAUUUGGGAAUAAUGUAAAAGAGUUGGUCAAUAGUGUCAAAGUAGUUGAAAGAAUAGGAAAGGAUUUAAAGCCUCCAUCAAACAGAGGUAAACUCAAUAUUUCAUUAAAUUGAAGAGGUUCAUCGGGAAAGCGAGAGGUGUACCAGAUGAACCGCGGAGGAAGAUAUUUCACCUCAAGAAACCCCAAUCUGAGAGGCUUUCGAGGUUUUCCGAAGCCGAGGGAAUAUAUCCAAUCACAGCCCAUGCAGCAGAAGAAAACAUAACUGAGGUAAAUUCAGCAGAAAGACUAAAAUUAUUUCUAACAAACUGGCGCGCGAUAACUAACGAUAGUGUGAUUUCAAAUUCAAUUCAGGGGUACAAAAUACCUUUGAAAGUGAAGGUUUUUUAGUUAAAAAUUCCUACUUUAUGUAAUUUCUCGAAAAGCGAACUGACUCAUUUAGAAAAGUCUGUUAAUAAGUUACAACAAGUGGGGGCAGUCGAAUUAGCUGAAAGUUCAUGUCGCCAUAUUUUUUAGCCCCAAAGCCAGAUGGUAGUUACAGAUUUAUAUUAAACUUAAAAGAUUUUAAUAGGUUUGUACUUACACAACAAUUCAAGAUGGAAGAUAUCCGGACAGCAAUAAACAUUCUCGAAGAUAAAGAUUUUAUGUGUAGCAUUGAUUUAAAAGAUGCGUAUUUCAUGACACCAGUUAGUCCCGAACAUAGAAAAUAUCUCAUGUUCAUUUACAAUGGUAUUUUACUUCAGUUCACGGUUCUACCUUUUGGUUUGCGCACAUGUCCUUAUAUUUACAGUAAAAUAAUGAAACCAGUAUUAACGUUUUGUAGGGAGAAAGAGAUUCGUAUAACGAGCUAUUUAGAUGAUUUUCUUAUUUUUGGCCGAUCAAAGACAGAAUGUAGUGCUAAAACGGAAUUCGUAAAAAACACAUUGAUUAAUCUCGGAUUCAUAGUAAUUUUUAAGAAAUCAGAACUCGAGCCAAAACAAAUUUGUAAACAUCUAGGUUUCUUUUUGGACUCAGAAAAUAUGAUGAUUUAACUUUCAGAUAAAAAGAAAGAGUACAUAAAAAAUACUGUAAACAAGAUUUUAACUCAAAAGUUUUGCGAGUUUGGUGAACUGUUAAGCUUAAUAGGAACUUUGGUUGCAGCUUGUCCUACAGUUAAAUCGGGUUGGCUUUAUUAUAAAGAACUAGAGAGGAUCAAAUGGUUGUAAGGAUCAAUC